GGCGGGACCAGCACCCGCAGAGCCGACGCCCCUGCGCGGACUCAGAGCUGCCUCAGCGGGAGUCCCGAGCCGGUCCCCGCAGGUGACCGGACUGAGUGCGGCCCGAAACGCAGACGCGGCCCUAUCCCUCUUGCUCCAGCUGUGGCGCCCAGAACUCCGCAGAGGACGCGACGGUGAGGCUGGGGUUGCCCGCCGGGUGGGUGACGAUCCCUAGACCCAACCCGCCGCAUCCCCCGACAGCUCGGCUGUGGGGCCCCCUAUUCUCAGAUCUGUUCUGCCAGGGUGGGGGGAGGUGGGUGCCCUGGACGGAUCCCAGGGAAUCCCCCUGCCCCAACGCCUCUCCUGGUCUUGCCUCCGAAAGACCCUGUCCUGUCGCUUCCCUGUCUCGUUCUUCCCACCCAACCGCCUCCACUCCGGCCUGCAGCCCCUCUCUGCGUGCGCCCUAGUCAGGUGAGGUGCAGGAGAAGGAAAGACUACGGUCCUUCGGCUCCCCCUCCCAACCCUCCCCGGGGAUCCCUCGCUGGGCUGGGGACACUCAGGGGGAGGGUUAAAGGAUGGCCCUUUAACUCCCCUGAUCCUCACCCAGAGCAUCUUCCAUCUCGCCACCCGCGCCACUUCCGACAGCUGGCAGCCGCGGGGAGCCCCGGGGGCCGGCAGGUACGGGGGCGGCGGCCAGGCCGGGGAGCGGGCGACGGAACAGCUGUGACCCACCCCCCCAUCCCCACCCUCCGCUCCUGGAGGAGCAGGCGGCCGGAGAGCUGGGCGCCCAGAGCGCCAGUUAAUUAUUAACCCUCGGCUGCCCGGCUCCCCGCGCGGCUCCGAGCUGCGCUCCGCCCCGGCUUCCCAGGUAACCGGCUAGGAUGCCCAUCACGCCAUCCCCCUCUUCCCUCCCCUCGCCACCUGUCGGUCCGGCCGCAGCCCCCGGCUCAGCCCGGCGCUCCCAGGGCCCGAGUUCGGUUUUCCCCGCGGCCUGCAGGAGGGCGGGGUCGGGCGGCCGGGACCCACCCUGCGGCCCCCUUCUCCAUCGAGCUCCCUUCCCCCAGGGGCGCCAUGCCCGGCCUGUACUGCCCCUCCAGCUGGACGCCGCUGCCCCUCACUGACUCCUGGGUUCGGGCCUGCGCCAACGGCCCCUGCCUCAGCCUGCGGGCCCGGCUCACCUACCACAACCCGCAGCCGCAGCCGGUGGAAGGCGUGUUCGUGUACCCACUGGCGGAGGCCGAAGUGGUCUCAGGCUUCGAGGCGGAGGCGGCCGGACGGCGCGUCUCGUUCCAGCUGCAGAGCCGGCGACGCUUGCAGGCCGCUUGCUGCCGCGCUCUGGGCCCCGGGUGGGGGGCCUCCACGCCCCGCCGCUGCGCGCAGGGUCAUCUUGUCUUGGAUCCGGCCCAGGCCCGGUCUGCACUGGUGCUGCCCACAGGCCUCAUCAACGCGGCCGGCACCAUGACGGUGACUCUGUGCAGCAGCCGGGAGCUGCCCUCCAGGCCUGAUGGGGUGCUGCACGUGGCUCUCCCCUCUGUGCUCACCCCGCUGGCCUCAUCAGGCCCACCGGGGCCCCCCAGGCCUCCGGGGCUCUGUGACGACAGGUUGGGCCUAUGCCCCACCAGAUGCUUUGGGGUGGGCAGCCCUCAGGAGGAAGGGUUUGCCUGGGAGGAGCCUGCUGCCCCUCGGGAUGUGUUCUCAGGCCCUGCCCGCUGCCCUGCCCUGUACACCUUCUCCUUCGAGAUGCUGGUCACUGGGCCAUGCCUGCUGGCAGGCCUGGAGAGCCCCUCUCAUGCUCUGAGGGCAGAUGCCCCCCCUCAUGCCAGCUCUGCAGCCACCAUCUGUGUCACACUAGCAGAGGGCCACCGCUGUGACCGGGCGUUGGAGAUCCUGCUGUACCCCAGUGAGCCCCACCAGCCACACUUGAUGCUAGAGGCUGGCAGCCUGAGCUCAGCAGAAUAUGAGGCCCAGGUGAGGGCCCGCCGGGACUUCCAGAGGCUACAGCGAAGGGACAGUGAUGGGGACCGGCAGGUGUGGUUCCUGCAACGGCGCUUCCACAAGGACAUCCUGCUGAAUCCCGUGCUGGUGCUGAGCUUCUGCCCAGACUUGAGCUCCACGCCAGGACACCUGGGCACAGCUACCCGGGAGCUCCUUUUCCUGCUGGACGGCAGCAGUGUAGCACACAAGGACGCCAUUGUUCUGGCUGUGAAGUCACUACCACCACAGACACUCAUCAACCUGGCUGUGUUUGGCACGGCGGUGCAGCCCCUCUUCCCAGAGAGCCGACCUUGCAGUGAUGACACUGUGCAGCUGAUCUGCAAGAGUGUUGAGACCCUGCAGGCUGCAAGUGGUCCCCCAGAUGUGCUGGCUGCACUGACCUGGGCCAUGGGGCAGCCCCGGCACAGGGCCCACCCCAGGCAGCUAUUCCUGCUGACCGCUGCCUCGCCCUUGGCUGCUGCCGCCCAUCAAAGCCUGGACCUCAUGAGGUGGCACAGGGGGGCAGCCAGGUAUGGGCUGAACCAGGUACCUGAGAUUGACCCCCGCCCCCAAGAGGCUCCUGAAGGUCACAGAUGCUUCCCUUCCCUCAUCAGGUGCUUCUCUUUUGGGCUGGGGCCUGCCUGCCACCAGCUGCUUCAGGGUCUGUCUGCCCUCAGCAGAGGCCGGGCCUACUUCCCAAGGCCUGGGGAGAGGCUGCAGCCCAUGCUGGUGCAGGCUCUGCGGAAGGCACUGGAGCCCGCCCUGAGUGACAUCUCUGUGGACUGGUUUGUGCCUGACGCGGUGGAGGCACUGCUGACACCCCGGGAGAUCCCGGCACUCUACCCUGGGGACCGGCUGCUCGGGUACUGCUCACUCUUCAGGGUGGAUGGCUUCCGGCCCCACGCCCCCAGGGGCCCAGAACCUGGCUGGCAGAGCUUGGGAGGCUCCGUGUUCCCAUCCCCAGAGGAAGCACCAUCUGCCACCAGUCCUGGCACUGAGCCCACUGGCACCUCAGAGCUGCUGGGAACAGGCACUGUGUCAGCGGAGCUGUCCAGCCCGUGGGCUGCUGGGGACUCAGAGCAGAGUACUGAUGCUCUGACAGAGCCUGUCACAGACCCCGGACCCAACCUCUCCUCGGAUACAGCCAUAUGGCGCCGCAUCUUCCAGUCGUCCUACAUCCGGGAGCAGUAUGUGCUCACCCACUGCUCCGCCAGCCCCGAGCCAGGUCCAGGUUCCACAGGCAGCAGUGAGUCCCCUGGCUCCCAGGGCCCUGGCUCCCCCGAGAGCAUGGCUCCCCUGCAUCUCCCUUCUCAGCAGGGCUGCCGCAGCCUGGCCUGGGGAGAACCUGCGGGCUCCCGCUCCUGCCCCCUGCCUCCGCCCCCGCUGGCUCCAGUCAAGUCUGGGGCCUUGAGCGCGGAGGUGCUGGGUCGUCGACACAGAGUGGCUCUGGCUGGCCGGAGCCUCUCAUCACCCCCAGGCCAGGUGAACCCAGUCCCUGGCCAUCCCCAGCACCCCUCUCUGGGCACAGCAUCCGACGGGCCAGGCUCUGAGUCAGGGCAGCAGCUGGGACAAGGCCUGGAUGAUUCAGGAAACCUGCUCUCCCCGGCCCCUAUGGACUGGGACAUGUUGAUGGAACCCCCCUUCUUAUUCACGGCUCUGCCCCGCAAUGGGGAGUCAGCUCCUCCAGCAGAGGCACUGCCUCCCCAGGCUCCACGCUGCCAUGUGGUGAUCCGGGCCCUGUGUGGGGAGCAGCCUAUGUGCUGGGAGGUGGGUGUUGGCCUAGAGACACUGUGGGGACCUGGUGAUGAUGGCUCACUGCCUCUGUCAUCCUCUGAAAGAGAAGGUGCUUGGGACCAAGCACUCCAUCGGCUGACAGCAGCCUCCGUGGUCCGGGACAACGAGCAGCUGGCCCUCCGUGGAGGGGCUGAGGCCACGGCUGACCGAGGCCAUGCCCGGAGGUCCUGGGUCCGAGCCCUUCAGACAAGCAAGGUCAGCUCUGCCCCUUCCUGCUUCACUUGCCCAGUAGCUGUGGACGCCACCACCAGGGAGGUCCUACCCUCAGCCCUGCAGGUGCGGAGCUCAGAGCUGGCUGAGCCCCUAAGCACUUCUCCUGCGCCUCAGGGCCAUUUAGAUGCAACUCCUCUGUCCAUUGCUGUGCAGUCUAGAGGACCUCAGGGAGGCUCUCCAGUGGCCGGCUGGAACCCGAACCCAAAUGGCAACCCCAAGUUGGCCACCAGAAGUCCUCCUCGCCUCCCCCCCCAGCCUCCUUCUAGGCUCAGCCUGGGUCGGGGGAGGGCCAGAGGCUCUGACAGCCACCGACUCUGCAGCCCCCACUGGGGCCAGGCUAGUGACAGCAACAGUGAAGGCAGCGACCACGACUACUUGCCCUUGGUGCGGCUGCAGGAGGCUCCUGGCUCCUUCCGCCUGGACGCGCCCUUCUGUGCAGCGGUGCGCAUCCCGCAGGAACGCCUGUGCCGCGCCUCGCCCUUUGCUGCGCACCACGCAAGCCUCAGCCCCACCUCGGCCUCCUCUCCCUGGGCACUUCUGGGACCGGGUGUGGGCCAGGGCGACAGUGCCACAGCCUCCUGCAGCCCAUCCCCCAGCUCAGGCUCCGAGGGCCCAGGCCAGGUGGACAGCGGGAGGGGCUCUGACACUGAGGCCUCGGAGGGCGCCGAAGGGCUAGGCAGUGCUGACCUGCGGGGCCGGACCUGGGCCACAGCCGUGGCCCUCGCGUGGCUGGAGCACCGCUGCGCCGCCGCCUUUGGCGAGUGGGAACUUGCGGCAGCUAAAGCCGACUGUUGGCUGCGGGCGCAGCACCUGCCCGAUGGCCUUGACCUGGCUGCCCUCAAAGCUGCAGCUCGGGGUCUCUUCCUGCUGCUCCGACACUGGGACCAGAACCUGCAGCUACACCUGCUGUGCUACAGUCCGGCAAAUGUGUGAGGACUGCUCACUGCUCGGCUGGCGCUGCCUGACAGACUCAAGUCACUGCCACCCAGGCCCGGCUUCUCCGUGCUGGUGCUGGGAGGGGCAGGCUGGUGUCCGCCUGACCCCCACUGCUUCUCAUCCCCUUCCCAGAAUGCCCCUGCCCUCACAGAAAGUGCCUGCCUGUGCUCUCUCUUUCCCACUCCUCCCAGCCCAGGUCUUUUCCCUUCUGAGCUCCAUGCAGUGCAGUGUGGGAGAGGAGAGAGCCACAGCCCCCAAAUCCUAUGCAAUAAAGUGCCUCUUAGGACUG